UGAAUAAGAAACAGGGCCGGGCUCCCCCGCCCCUGUCUCUCCUCCCAGCUCAGCCCCACUGGCCAGGCGAGCAGCCGGCGGCGGGAUGCUGAGCGCUGGCCCGGAUCGCUUCCACUGUGCCUUGGCAGUGCUGCCCGGCUGAAGGGACACGCGGGGCCCAGGACUCACUUUCUGAAAUGAUCAACUCUGCAAAUUUCUGGGCACAUCUUUCUUCCGAUAUGAGCAGAUCAAUAAGAUUUCACAUUUGCAUGGUCCUAUGCAGCAUUCUGCUCAGCUCCACCAGCCUGCAAUGUCUAACCUUUCAGAAACCGGAGAAAGACACAGUACGGGUCCAACAAACUGCACUGGCAGGGAAUGGGCUAGAAGACAAGAGGAUGAGCAUGCAAAGCUUGGAAAAUAACGUAGGCCCUUCUGAGCAAUCGACCAGUGUUGCUGUCUCAGAAGAGCCAUCUGGAGUGUCAACAGAGCCAUCUGGGACUUCAUUAAACAAGAUCUUCACUGCUAAAGGAGAAACGCAGCACACAAGUCUUAGUGAUAAUCUUUUCAUAGGCAGUCAGAGCCUCGAUGUUUACCCCCCUACAGGGUCAAUGGUUGUGGCAGAUGACAGUGAGUUCAGUCCCACUGGCUCAAGCAAAGAGUCGAGUGAAAAUGGGCUACUGAAGGCCAUGCUAACUACAGCUUUGACUACUCUCAAUCCGGACAUUGAGGCUGAUGUACUCAGUAGUUCUGUGUCCAAGACGACAGUAGGGGGUAGCACAGAGGCCGGACAUAGUUUUAUUAGCGACCUGGAUACGCACUUUUUUAGGAUGGAUGCUAUAGAAGGAGGGAAGAAGGCAGAUGGUAGUUCCGACCUCUCAGCUACACCCCAGCUUAGCAAUGAAGAAUUGCCAACUCUGCACCCCAGAACCCAAAACUUAGAAGUGGUGAGUGACUACCCCACAAGCCCUUUACUUUUGGCUCAACAAACAGCUGAUUCUGAGCCUGGAACACUGAAGCCAAAUGUAGGGAGCCCUUGGCAGUUGACAGAUGCCCGUGCCUCUGCCCUCACUGUGAAACAGACAUUUGUAUCCACUGAUGCCUCCCUAAAUUUGGAAACAAAAACGGACAGCAGCCAAGGAAGCUUGCGAGUGGCAGCUAGUGCUGUCACAGGCGCUCCAGCCGUCUCUAUACUGAGUGAUGAUUGGGAUGAUACAAAAUUAGGAACUAUAAGUCAGGUAAGAGGCUCAAAGCAUGAGGAGGAAAAACAGAACGAUGUGAUAGCGGAACCUCCUUGGACAACGGGAGGAGAGGAUGAUGAAGAUGAUGUGAAAAGAGGCAUGCCGUUUACAGCUUCUGCAUAUGCAACAACCGUGAAACUAGAAAAAAACAUGUACACUGGGCCAGCACAGGUGUCCGUGCAGGGGAAGGUGAUGCCAACAGUUUCCGCUGGCCAAACUUCUGUUUAUCUCACAAGUCCCUUGGCAGAAGCUGAAGUGACUGCUAUAAACACAAAGGAAAAUACAGAACCAGUCACAAUGGAUGAUAGGAAAAGUGUCUCCUUGUCAUUGCCAGAGACUGUUACUAUGACGGACACAAAAUCCAAUAUCUUCCUUACCCUGGGAAAUUCAUUAAAAGGUGUUACCCAAGAGACGAUGACAGCCAGUCAAGAAACUGAUGCCACCUUGCCAGUCAUGACACCAGCAUGCUUUGCUGUACACGAGACCACAAGCGAAGCAAGCGUGACAGAGGAAGAAAGCAAGGGGGCAACCCUGAUACCGACUGUUUCUAGUGUAGCCCAGCUGUCGAAAAAGUCAGAACACUCAGCCACUACUGUCGCCUUUACUGCCACUCAUUUGUCUACUGCAAAAACCCCAGAUGCCGAAGUCUUAACAGACCUGGUCACUGUCUCAGAUGAGGAAGCAGUCACUGCUCUUCCCGAAUCCUCAGAGACCCUCGCUGGAAUGAGAAUGCAGGUGGAGGAGCUGACCAGCAGAACUGCGACCGUGGCAACCCCAGCUUUGAUGGCAUCUUCUGUAAGGAGAACUGUUGUUCCAUCUGUGAGGCGGAUUAGCACAGCUGUCACCUACGGAUUGGACCGGCUGGAGUCGGAAGAGGGGGAGGAGGAGGAGGAUGAAGAAGAGGAUGAAGAAGAGGAAGAGGAGGAAGACAGAGAUACAGACUCAAUGGAGGAAAGCAUGGAGGGUGACACGGAGCUGCCAGGUUUCACUCUUCCUAGUGAAACUUCCCAGGAGCCUGUCGUUGGCAUAGGAGACUCUGCAGCCCAGCUGGCAGGAGUAUCUUACCAAGUUCCAGACACCAUUGAAUGGGAACAGCAAAACCAGGGCCUUGUGAGAAGCUGGAUGGAAAAGCUAAAAGAUAAGGCGGGAUACAUGUCUGGGAUGCUGGUUCCUGUGGGGGUUGGUAUAGCUGGAGCCCUGUUUAUCCUGGGAGCGCUCUACAGCAUUAAGAUCAUGAAUCGCCGAAGGAGAAACGGCUCCAAAAGGCAUAAAAGAAAGCAGAGGGAAUUUAACAGCAUGCAAGAUCGAGUAAUGCUCUUAGCUGAUAGCUCUGAAGAUGAAUUUUGAACCUGACUGCGGAGCCGUUGUGAUUUCCAAUGACUUUUUCAGGGGCUAGAGGAGAAGAGGGAGCAAAAGGAAGGCGUUUGUGCUGCAUCACUGCUAUCAGCCACCACGUGCCACUGUGUAGUGGUUUUUACAUCCUGGCAAAACAGGCAUGUUGUAUUCUAAAUGUAAUGCGCAAUGAUGUUUGUUUUUACACAGUAGUGAGAUUACACAUUCACACAGUGCACCUCAUUGAAAUGCAGAAUACGUAUUGUUACAGCUGGAGCCGAUACUAAUGGAUGAUGACUUUGUUUUGAUCACAGUGUAAUAUUUUUGUUCCAGCUGAUGGUAACUAAUCAUAAUUAUUGCUGUCACCUAAUUUCAGGAUGGAAACCUUCACCGAGAAUGACUUCUGUCCAAUUAGUUAACUGUAAAUGUUAUAUUACCAGAGCUAGAGUUUGUCAGUGCUAAAAUUAGCUGUUCUGCUUAAUUAACAAACUACACACUUGAACCGCCUCCCUUGUCAACAGGGAGACGCCCAAGUACAUCCAAUUAUAGACAUAAUAAUAGACUCAUUUGUACAUUCCUUGCCCCAAUUUCCCUUGUCCUUUUUAAAAAUCCUCCUUUUAACUGUGUUCCAUGUUUAGGGAAAACAUAUGGAAAUGGCAACAAAACAUGAUUCAUAGCCUAAAUAUUCAGUGUAGUUUUCGCCAGCAUUAUAACAGCACAACAAAUGCCACCGCCCGCACAUUGACAAAUGCUAAGAUGCUCUUUGCAUGAUCUCUUAGCUUUUGUUCAGUGUGCCGCUGGAAUAUCAAGCAGGCAAAAGAAACGGAAAAAGCAGGCUAGAGAGUUUUCAUCUUAAGGAGCUUGUCUGAUUAUUUGUUUGGCGUGGUUCACCUAUCAAGCGGAGCUCUGCCCUCUUAGCGGUGCUAGAGAAAUAAUAAUCGAGUGUCUGUCUCUUUUCACAAUUGGUAACUAACUCUUACAAGCGUCACAAACACCUGUGGCCCUCUGCAUCAUGGAAGGUGCAUAAUGCUGUGGCUGUGUCCUGUCAUCUGAUUGAUCAGGAAAGCAGGUGGUGUGUGGGAUACAGUACAGAAGGCAAACGUAGCACAGGCUGAGGGCUCAUGCGAAAGGAGCUCUCCUUCUCUUUAGUGCUGAAGAGGACCUCACCUGUGGCUGACAGAUUUUUUUGGACCAGAUUUAGAUCACGUUUAGAAGUUGUGCCAGCACAAGGCUGCCGUGCAUGUGACUGUAGAUGGCUCGUCAGUCACGGCUGGGGUACGUAUGGUUAUAGAUAGCAAAGGCCCCCCAUCAGUGGGGAAGGGGAGGUCAAGGCUGGGAUACAUGUGGCCAAAUAGGAAAGGUAGUCAGGGCUGCAGUAUGUGUGAUUGUGGGUGCAAUGGAGUCAGAUUGGGAACAUGUGGUCACAGGCCAAAAGGCAGCUGAGGCUGGAGUGAAGGCAGCCAUAGAUUAGGAAGUUGUUAGGAUGGGAUGCGUGUGGCCAUAGGUGGAAAGGCAAUAAAGGCUGUAGUCCAUGCGGCCACAGGGGGCUGAGGCUGGAGGAAAGUGACCUUACUGGUCAUUUCAUCAGCAAGCGUGAGCAGCAUCAACAUGUUCAGUUGAUUGCAAAAUAACACAGUGAAUUAGCAAAACACGUUUUUGGAACUGAACAGGAAAGAAGGGGCAUUGCUGCGGAGCUGGUUGGUUGAUUGGUUGUUUCGACCCAGAAUAUGUGCCAUUUAUUGUUGUUGUGUUUUAAAAAAAUGCCCCUUAUUUCCUCUGCUUUGGCGUGCCGUGAGAUGGCUAUUUCAUUCUGCAGCCAUAUUACAUUUCUGCAAAAAUCCUUAUUCCCAAGUUGGAAAUUGCCCCUAUUAGAGGGAACCUUGACUAAAGCUGCUACGAGUCGAGGAGACAAGAUGAGUCAAGUAAGGUCAGGAGGCUGCUCAUUUCUCUAGCUCGAUCCCUCUAAAUCUUUGAAAGAAGUACGAGAGACGUGUUUGAAGAAUAGACAGGGUCUGAUUGAAUUCUUUGUAAAGGUGAAAAGGACUGGCUAAUUGCCAAGAUGCGACAUAGCAAAGCCCUGUAAGUUACACCAAUGGGGAUGAUACAGAAGCCAGAGAGACAGGGAGGCCCUACUUCUGCCCUAUCACCCUGCCCAUACUCUCCACCCUGUGGGGGCCGGUAGCAUUUGAGUGUGUAAAUUCUAGCGUUGGCAUCCACAGAGGAUAGUGAUCAAACACUGCACAGGCACGUGAUUGUGCGGGCAAAGGUGAGACUUAUGCUUUGAAAAUCGGACUGGCUGCUGACUGUGCAGGAAACAGCUCACGUACCAACCAGCGUAUACAGUGCGAACCAGAAAAAUGGGAUUCCUUCUCUGGGAUAGUGGAAACGGAAGGUCAGUGGUCUGCAGAAUGUCAUGCACAUAUGUGAUGUUUAAUAACAAGCAAUGGAGUUUGCUCACCCAAACCGAGGUACUUUGCAGUAUCUCUUUCCCAUGUUACGGUGGUUUCCCUUGAGAGUGAAAGAAGGGACCAGCAGAUUUGAAAUGCGCCUAUUGAUGAGUCUUCCAAUCUGACAACUCUGCACGGUGAGUCAGGAAUUUCUCAACGAACACACAGAAAAUAGAGGUGGACUAAGGCUAAACAGAGCCAGUUCCAACAAAAUGUUGGGGUCCCCCUGGAGAGUGUCCUCCUUCAAGCACCCCUCUGGGACAGACUUUCCCUCCCAGCAUCUCCAGAUAGACUCUUGUCUUCCACCCCUGGGUCUUUGGUCUUCCUGCCUUGCUAGGCUGUCCCAGAUCCCCUGGCAGCAAUCACCUAUUUGUUCUGUUGCCACUUGCUACUCUGCCGCUCACUGGUGCUCCCAGGUGUCUCUGUCCAUGAGGUCUAGAUCUCAAGGAUUCUGCCUAAAUCCACACGAGAAACAUAUAGCAAUUAUUUAAAUUUAAAAGCGCCAGGGUUGUUUGUUCUUAUAACAAACGGUUAGUGCCUCUUUCCCUCAGAGCUAGGGAUCAGUCCUAGCUAGGAGAAGCAUUUCCUCUUGAAAUGAAUGCCCACUCUUUUCUUUCUCUCUCUCUCUCUCUGAAGUUGCUUGGAGGAGGGGAGAUGGUUUUGGGAUGUUGCUACAUUAACGAAAUGAGGAACUUUGCUGGCUUAACUACCUGCUCCAGCUGGGGCGUCUGGUAAUGGGGAGGUCUUUUCCUUUGGACUUUUUGAGGAGGUGGCAGGGCUUGUGGCCAGGUCUGAUGGUGGAAGCGAAGCCUUCAGCAGAGUGACUUUCAUCCCGUCUCAGCUUAAUUACUGUUGUCUCAGCCGGAAUCAGCUUUUAGCAGGCUGGGAGUAAGAGACUAUACAGGCAACUGCGGGAUAUUUGUGGAAACUGUUCUUCCAUCUUAAAGGGGGAGGUGCAGGAAGAACGUAUGGGCUAAGGGCAUGAACCAUUCUGUAG